GUCCAACUCCAACCCCACUGUAAUUGUCACUCUAUUUUAUUAAGUACUUUCUGUGGAUAAACAAAAGCAACUGGGACUCCUAACCCUAAUCAUUGCUAUAGUGCAUGUGCCAGACCAUGUGAUGUGGCCUCUCUUUUGACAACCUGUUUUUCUUAUUUUGGUGGUAGCUGUUCAUCACCUUCUUCUUCCCAAAAGUUCACUUAGCCUUCUUUUAGGGGUUGUUGCCAACCAUAUCAUUCCUUUUUCACCUUUCUGCUUUAGUUUCUCUGCUUUUAGUUUCACUUGGACCUCUAAGCUACUGGAAGUCGAGUGAUCACCUUGAAGUUGAAUUCUGAUGGCUACUGAAACUGUUGCAUCACCUCCGAUUCCUACUACUGAUGAUGAGCAAGUUGCAAAGAAGGUGAGUGAAGAGAAAAAGGCUGAUGAAGAAGAUGGUGUUCCUUUAACCAAAGAGAAUGGAGAAGAAAUACUUAAAACUGAUGAUUCAUUAAGUCUAGAAACACCACAUAAAUCUGAAGCUGUCGAUCAUGAGAAGAUUGAACCUCCUGUAGUUGAGGCUGAGAAGAUUGUUGAUGCUCCUGUCUCAGAUAUUCCACUUGUAGAUGAAACAAAGGUCGGAAAUGACCCCAUUCCUGAUAUUCUAGAGCAAGUGGUUGAGGCUGAGAAGAAGGCUGAUGCUGCUGUCUCAGAUGUUCCACUUGUAGAAGAAUCAAAGGUGGAAAGUGACCCCAUUCCUGAUAUUCCAGAGCAAGUAGCUGAUGCUGUGAAGAUCCCGGAGGAGGUUGAGAGUUCAACUGAGUCUAUAGUAAGAGAAGCACCAAAAGAACCAGCUAUAGAAAUCAUAGAGAAAGGGCAAGUAGAACAACCAAAGAUAGUUGAUGCUCCUCAAUCAUCAUAUGAAGCUAUUGAGAAACCAGUGGAGGCACUGGAGGUUACUACUGACAAAGAGUCAGUGGAAACAGUCCUAACAGAGAUUAAAGAUUCAGAACUGGAGUCUUUGGAAGUGCAGAAGCCAGAACUUGCUACUGCUGAAGUGGAGGAAAAGCCAGGAGAGCCAUCUGAAGUUACUCAAGAAGUUGAGACAAAGCUUGAGGAGGUUGAACUUGAGAAAAGCGUGCAGGAUGAAAAGGUGAAAGAUGAAGGGCCUGCAGCUGAUAAGGUUGAGCCUAUCUCAUUCUUGGAGGAAGGGAAAACUGAAGCAGAGAACACGCAUAGUCUAGAAGUGGAGGAAGCACCAGAGCAACCCAAAGUUAAAGAAGAAGAGAAAACACAUGAUGAAGUUGGAGCUGAAAAAUGUCUGGAGGAUAAUAUUGUGAAAGAUGAAGGGUCUAAGGUUGAAGCUUCCGCAAUACUAGAGGACGAGCAAACUGAUAAAGACUACGAAUCUAGUCAAGUCAAAAGUCCAGAAGUGGUUUUGCUUAAUAGAGAUGGAGCAGAUUAUUCUCUACCUGACGCCACAGAAACAGUUGCUUCUGAGGACCAAAAGAAGGAAGUAACUGAGGUCGAUGUGGUUGAGAAGCUACAAGAAGAGGCAGCAGUGGAGAUUGAAAAGGUUGGAGGAGAGGUUCUGGAAACUAAAGAGACUGAAAAGGAAGUUGCUGUAACUGAAUAUUCAGCUGAACCAAUUAAAGAGGAAGAAAAUGGGAUUGAGGUAGUUGAGAAACUAGCAGAAGAGGCAUCGGUAAAGUUGGGAACAGUACGAGAAGGAAAUGUGGAGACUCUGGAGAUUGAAGAGAAGGAAAAGAGUAAUGUGGUAACUGAGGAAUCAACUCAACCAAUUGAAUUAGACGAAAAGAAAGAACUAAUUGAACUUGAUGUGGUUGAGAAGCCCGCAGAAGAGGCAGCAGUGGAAGUCGAAAAGGUUGGAGAAAAGAAUGUGGAAAGUGAGGAUGGAAAGAGUGUGAUAACUGAGGAUAAAAUUCAACCAAUUUUAGAGGAUGAAAAGAAAGAUUUAAGUGGUGCUGAUGUAAUUGAGAAGAUAGCAGAUGAGACAGCGGUGAAGUUGGAAGAGGUUGGAGAAGAUAAUGUGGGAAAGAUUGCUGAAACCAAUGAGAGUGAAAAGAAAGAUGAGAUAAUUGAGGAUUCAAGUCAACCAAUUCUAGCGGAUCAAAAGAAAGAAUCAAGUGGGGUUGAUGUGGUUGAGAAGCUAGCAGAAGACGCAAGAGUUGAAUUUGAGAAGGUUGAAGAAGCAAAUGAAACAAAGAAUGUGCAAUCUAAAGACGAUAGCAAAAAUGUGCUUGACGAGGUUUUAACUCAGCAAGAUAAAGCAGAUGUCAACAGCUACGUUAUUACUCCAUCUGAAGUUAUAGAAAAAUCAUUUGAGGGAGCAGGGAAAGAUGUUGAACCUGCGGCAGAAAAUGAAAAGGCAGAACACAUAAAAGAUGAGACACCAGGUACAGUUGAAACCAAGAAAGAAGAUAAUGUAGAAGAGAAGCAGGAUGAAGUCACUACAUUGGUUACUGAACCACUUGGAGAAUCCAAGCCAUCUGAGCCAGAAGUGAAAGGUGAUGAACCUGUUACAUUGGAGAAAACCAUUGAGGAUGUUGCAAAAUCUGAUCGAAAUAUAGAGCAUCCCGCAAAAGAUGGUGAUGACACAAAGUCCUCUGAAGACCAGCCAAAAGAAGUUCCAGCUAAGCCCUCUCAAAAACAAUCAAAUACCAUUUUAUCAAAGGUCAAGCAGACACUUGUGAAGGCAAAGAGAGUUAUUACCGGGAAAUCUCCAGGCUCGAAAACCCCUGCCUCCGAAACCAAGGAUGAUAUUAAAGUCAAAUAGCAGGAUGCAAUCAUAUAUUUGCAGACAUCCUUCUUGUGGUCUCCCUCAUUCUUGUGAUUCUUUUACUGUUGUCGUUUGUCGGUUUUGCUGCUCACUCUCAGCUCUUGGCUUGUAUGUUGAUGCUAAAAAGGGUGUGUGUGUGUGUGUAUACUAUAUAGAAGAUAUAGGCUAUGCCAUACUCAGUAUUGUAAAUUGGGGGGUUGUGUGUGCGCGCGUGUAAGCGAGUGUGUGUAGAAGAUUUAGGCCAUGCCAUAGUAUUGUAAAUUGGUGUGCAUAUUGGUAGGUGUCUUCCCCUUCUGAGCCUAUUGUUGAUUUCGGUUGUAACUACUCUCUGAGUGCUUGAUUUUUGAAUUUGUUGACAGUUAUAACCAGGAAUGAAUUCUACUAUUGUGAAA